UUGAAACAGUAUGAGGAAAUGCACAAGCUCUCGCUCGUGAACCCCGAGCAAUUCUGGGGCGAUCUCGCCCGAACGAACCUCCUUUGGUUCCGUGACUUUGACCAGACCGUCACCGGUAGUGUGGACAAAGGAGACGUGGUCUGGUUCCUCAACGGGCUCAUCAACGUAAGCGUCAACUGCAUCGACCGCCACGUCAAGACGCACCCGAACAAAACGGCUAUCAUCUGGGAGGCGGAUGAAAUCGGUGAAGGACGCGAGAUCACGUACGCGGAAUUGUUGGCGGAAACGUGCCGUAUCGCCAAUGCAAUGAAGCACACCGGCGUGCAGAAGGGAGACACCGUCGCCAUGUACAUGCCCAUGAUACCCGAGACGGCCUUCGUCAUGCUCGCGUGUACUCGAAUCGGUGCCGUGCACAACAUGAUCUUCGCUGGUUUAUCAGCCGAGGCGCUUCGUAGUCGCGUUGCGGACGCUAGAGCGCAAUGGGUGUUCACAGCAGACGAAGGUCGACGCGGUGGCCGCACCCUACCACUCAAAAAGACCGUCGACGCUGCUAUCCAGAGCCUCGACUUCGUCCGCAACGUGUUCGUCUUCAAGCGUACACACAACACUGCCGUUCAAAUGAACCCGCAGAUCGAUGUAGACAUGGAGAGAGAGCUUCCUCGCCACCGUCCGUACUGCCCGGCAGAGUUCAUGGACGCCGAAGAUCCUAUGUUCAUCUUGUACACUUCCGGAUCCACGGGUGCACCCAAGGGCAUCGUUCACUCUACUGGUGGAUACUUGUUGUAUACAAUGAUGACAGCCAAGUACGCGUUUGAUAUCCACGACGACGAUAUUUUCGCCUGUGUUGCAGACUGUGGUUGGAUCACGGGACACUCCUACGUAGUGUAUGGCCCGUUGGCGAACGGUAUCACGACGGUCCUAUUCGAGAGCACACCGACGUUUCCGCACCAUGGACGCUACUGGGACCUAGUUCAGCGCCACAAGGUGACGCAGUUCUACACGGCACCUACAGCUAUCCGAGCGCUAAUGGCGCGUGGUGAUGACAUCGUUCGCGAAUACGAUCUCUCUAGUCUGAAAAUUCUCGGUAGUGUUGGCGAACCGAUCAACCCAGAGGCGUGGAAAUGGUACUACGAAGUGGUUGGCAACCGGCAAUGCUACAUCGUAGACACAUACUGGCAAACGGAGACAGGUGGGCACAUUGGUGUGGGUUUACCCGGUGCUAUCCCCAUGAAACCGGGUUCGUGUGGCAAGCCUUUUUUCGGUAUUGAUUUCGUCCUGACAGAUGAGAAGGGUACUGAACUAAAGGGGAACGGCGUCGAGGGCCAAUUGUGUAUCCGUGCACCGUGGCCUGGAAUGGCACGUACAGUCUACGGUGAUCACAACCGCUACCUGCAGGUGUACACCACAUCUCACCAAGGACUGUACUUCACGGGUGACGGCUGUUGUCUUGACAAGGAUGGCUACUACUACAUCACAGGCCGCAUUGAUGAUGUUCUUUGUCCUUCAGGCCACCGAAUCAGCACGACAGAGCUGGAAAGCACGCUUGUCGGUCACCACGCAGUGGCUGAGGCUGCGGUGGUCGGUAUUCCUCAUCGCAUUAAAGGCGAAGGCAUUUGUUGCUACGUGACGCUCAUGGACAAUGUUAAGUACGCACCCGAGCUGGAGAAGGAAUUUGCGAUGGAGAUUCGCUCCAAGAUCGGGCCCUUCGCGACACCAGACCUUUUCGUUGUGGUCCCGAACCUGCCGAAGACGCGCAGUGGCAAAAUCAUGCGACGUAUUCUUCGUAAAGUUGCUCAAGGUGAAGAAGACUCGCUCAACGAUGUGUCCACACUCGCCGAGCCCGCCGUCGUGCCGGAACUCAUCAGUGCUGUGCGCUCAGCGCUGGUUGGAAAAGAGUUGUAGAGGUUGUAGUGUCUUAGCGAAAGCAGGACAGAAACGAGAAUCGGUGAAGAAAAAACGUAUAAAUGUUACUGUCAGUACUUGUAUAUACCUAC